AUGCUCGACUCAAGUACUGUCUGGUUCGUCACUGGCUGUUCAUCUGGUGUGGGCAGAUCAUUGGUCAGUACGGUUUACAAAGCUGGCCACCGGGUUGUUGCAACUGCUCGGAACGUGGACUCGCUCUCCUUCAUACCUGACGAAUCCAAUAUCUUGAAGCUCAAACUUAAUGUCACAUCAAGAACUGACAUAACCAAUGCUCUAUCUGCAGCCUUAGAGAGAUUUGGACGUGUUGAUGUGGUCGUCAACAAUGCAGGAUACGCGGUCAUGGGGGACACAGAAUCUGUCCCCGAGUCGGACGCUCGGCUGCAGAUGGAAACCCUAUUUUGGGGUCCAGUAUUCAUCACUCAAGAAGCUGUUCGCAUAUUCCGCGAGACAAAUCCCCCUCGCAAAGGGGGUACAAUUAUCCAGAUCUCCUCCAUUGGUGGAUUGGUCACCUUCCCAGGCAGCGCAUUUUACCAUGCUAGUAAGUUUGCGCUUGGUGGCUUCACUGAAUCCUUUGCCAAAGAGAUGAAUCCGAGUGAAUAUUAA